AGUGCGGCAAAAUUUAAACUCCAUAUGUUCAUAACGUGAUAGCGAGUGCACGCAAGUGCAUGGUGCAAGUAAAUGCUGUGUGCUGCUGUGUGCUGUCGGUUCUGCGAUAGUAUUUUUAGUUCACACCGAUUAUGGAUAAUAAUAAGAGGUCCCACAAAAAAUGUGCUGUACUGGGGUGCACAAACACCAGGCAGCCGAUGUUCAGCUUCCCCUGUCUGCCGAAGGACAGCGAUAGAUGUUUAAAGUUUAAAAUGGCUUGAAGCUUGUGGAACGGAGGAUCUAUUCCAACUCCCUCCCAACCGGUUGAGAAAUCGAAUGGAUUGUGGGGACCACUUCGAAAUUCAGUACCGCGUUGGAUCAAAGCUUACAAGUCAUGCAGUACCAAGCUGCAACUUACCAGCACCUGCCACAUCUAUCGAGCAACAGGAGGAACUUGUAAUGGAAAUUGAAGAAGAAGAAGAAUGUCAACCUGUGCUCACCGUUAGAUACCAGAACAACGUGGGACCAAUGGAUAACGUGGGACCAAUGGACAACGUGGGACCAAUGGACAACGUGAGACCUAAGGACAACGUGGGACCUGGGACCAGCAGAGACUCCGACGCACUUGCCUAUAAUGUGCUUCCUGGAUCAUCCAGAGGUUGCACUGUCAAAAGGAAUCAAGUUCAACCAACUAUCAGGAAAGGCCUUAAAGGUGACAUCCUGAAAAUGAUUAGGUCGAGCAACUUGAUCAAACCCAGGAAGCUCAAGAUCUACAAGGCUGUGGCCAGGAUUUUGAAAUCUGCGAGGCAAUUGAGGCGUCGGAGAUCUUCGGUAAGACAACGCAUCGGGAAGAUUGAGCAUCUCGUGCAGACCGGUGUUCAUCAGGUUUUAGAAAGCCUGCCAACACCCCUGCACGCGAUGCUCUUGGCUCAGAUGCGCAACGCGGACAAACAAAAAUCGGCGUGACGCUUCACCGAAAAAGAGAAGCUAUUAGCUUUAUCUAUUUAUAAGCAAAGUUCUAAAGCGUAUCGAUAUUUGGAAAAAUUAUUUCUUUUGCCAAGUAUCGAAACUCUUCGGAAACUAAUAUCGCAAAUUCCAUUAAAAGCUGGAAUUUGCGAUAAUGUUUU